AUGAAUUAUGACCUUCAUUUUAAUCCUUCACAAUUCACAGAAUUUAUUUCACCUAGUCCUAAUAAUCUCGACUUUAGAACAAUCCCGAAACCUCAAAAUGCUUUUAUUCUAUACCGUAAAAAUUAUGCUGCAAAACAUAAAUCUACUGGGCGUAAUAAGGAUUGGAAAAUUCUUUCAAAGGAAGCCGGUGAUGCCUGGAAUAAUGAAUCGAACGAAGUAAAAAAUUAUUACAAAAGGUUAACAAAACUGGCUCGUGAAAAACAUAAAUUAAUUUAUGAUAAAAAAGGCAGAGGUUCAGAUAAUCGACUACCAAAAGAAUAUAUUUUUAUUGUUGAACAACCAGAACUGCUACAAAAAAUAGAAGAUAAUAAUAAUAAUAACGACCAUGAUAAUCCAAACUCGUCAUUUUCCACUUCUUUUUUUCCAUAUUUUGUUUCAUCCGAUUACAAUACUCCUUCUAUUGAUUAUGACAACAUCAUCAAUAAGACGAAUGAUCUACUCCAAUCCGCCCAAUUUAACUUUAUUACUAAUUUAAAUGAUGAUGACAAUCCAUUGGAAGGAUUUCAGCAAUAUUUACAAACUGAACAAACAGAUGCACAAUUAAAUGAGACUUGCUGUAAUUUAUUGGGUUUUUGUCACAAAUUAUGA